GAUCAUCUGGUGGUGAUGAGGUGGGGGGGUUUCGGGCGACGGCUCCUUUAAGAAAACGGAACUGAAGCCUUGGCUUUUGACGCGCUGAGGAUGUGGGCAGGAAACGCCAUGCAAGAGCCGAGCAGCGAUCACGCUUCCCCGCACAGUUGCACAACACAGCGGCGUUAAAAAUGCGCUGUAAGCGUCCCCGCUGAUGUCCGGGAGCGGCCCGUCUCCUCGGAUCCGCGCUGGCAUGCGAGGAGGAUCGCACCGCUACCCCCGCCGGAGCGCUGCCUUCCCCGCCCGCUCGCUCUGAACAACACCGGGGCUGCUCAGAGACAGACAGAGAGAGGGCUCCGUCGCGGAAAAAAAAAAAAAAAAAAAAAGGAGGUGUCUGCAUUUUUCCUUUUCUUUUUUUUUCUCCCUUUUUUAGUCAUGCGGGAGUACAAAGUGGUUGUUUUGGGGUCGGGCGGAGUCGGUAAAUCCGCUCUGACCGUGCAGUUCGUGACGGGCUCCUUCAUUGAGAAGUACGACCCCACCAUCGAGGAUUUCUACAGGAAGGAGAUCGAGGUGGACUCGUCCCCGUCCGUGCUGGAGAUCCUGGACACGGCGGGCACGGAGCAGUUCGCCUCCAUGCGGGACCUGUACAUCAAGAACGGCCAGGGCUUCAUCCUGGUCUACAGCCUGGUCAACCAGCAGAGUUUCCAGGACAUCAGGCCCAUGAGAGACCAGAUCAUCCGGGUGAAGAGGUACGAGAGGGUGCCCAUGAUCCUGGUGGGCAACAAGCUGGACCUGGAGGGGGAGAGGGAGGUCUCCUCCGGGGAAGGCAAGGCCCUGGCUCAAGACUGGAACUGCCCGUUUAUGGAAACCUCGGCCAAAAAUAAAGGCUCUGUGGAUGAGCUGUUUGCAGAAAUAGUGAGGCAGAUGAACUACUCCGCCGUGCCCAGUGGAGGGGACCAGUGCUGCUCGUGUGUCCUACUCUAAAAACCCCCACACAGACACAGUGCAGAACCUGUGCAAGAGUUUUCACCCUGCAGGCUUUUUUGUGUGCGAAAAGUAUUCUCUCUCCUCACACUGUUGUCUCAAGCCUGAUUUAUUAAAUUAAAUAUUAAAUAUUAGUUUUAAUUUAUUUAUUUAAUUAAUUAAUUAAUUAAUUAAAUAUUAAAAUUAAUAUUUAAUCGUUAAAUGCGUUAAAUCGACGCAGAGACUACGCCGUAGGGUUACGGCGUAGGUUACGCGGCAACGAGCACCGUACCGCGUAGGCUCUGCGUUGGUGUGACGCGGAACCAUAAAUCAGCCUUUACUGUUGCACACAAACAAAAAAAUAACAAAAAAAAAAUUUGAGACAUCAAUCUAUUAUGUAUCAUGUCUGGAAAAGUGUUUACAUGACAAAGUACUUGAAUGUUUUGGGAUUUUUUUUAUAGCUUUGUAUCUGACACUUCUUCUGGAAAUGUGCCUCAGUGGGAAUGUCUAAUUGUGAAACCUAAGAGACACGCGUUUUCUGGUUUUCUUCUUGUUGUUUUUUUUUAGUUGUACUGUUGCAUCUUAUGGGCUGGGUCCUUCUUUCUUGGAGAUGUGUUAUAACGAUGCUGAUGGGGAAUGGGAGGUUAUCCCGAAAUCCCCCAGGCAAGCAGAAGAUGAGAUUGGUUACCUUUUAGGGCCUGUUUUUUUUCUUCUUCUUCUUUUUAAAUCAGGAGGAGGCCCGAAAGCAUUUCAAUUCUCUCAGAAAUUCACCACUCGAGCCUUGCACCGGUUACUAAUUACUGUCAAGCGUGAUCUACCCUCUGAGAUACUGCAUCUGAAGCUGUGUUAUAUAUUUUUGAGAUCCCCUUUCCAGUCUGGUGAUUUAUAUCACACCCAUCUGAAGGAGUCCCUCCUCAUUGUGCACAAACAAGGACCUUGGUUCAUUACUGUCGCUGCAUGGGGAACGCCACAACCCCAUGUCAAGUGCCUUCCCUAAGAAAUCUCCUGUGACUGUGCCAACCGAUGAGCCCUACUUCCGCUACAGUGCGUCUUGAUGGCAAUCAGAACUUCUUUUUGGCAGUUUUUUUUUUCAGCCCACGCCCUGGUUUCGUUUGGUGUCAAAGUUGAGCAUAAGCUUAUAAAAGACCUGCUGAUUCAGGGUCAGAUCCAGGCGGUUUCUACAAGUACUAAACCAUCAAGAACUGCAGAAUAACUUUACCCACUGGGAUUCUGCUUCAGUGAAUGGCAAGCCAUGUCUGUGUGUAUUAUCUAGGUUUUUCUUUUCUUUUCUAAAAUGUGAGAUUUUUGACUUACUGUAACUGUAAUUCUCCUUUUGAACAAAUCUUUUGCCAUCCACUUGUCUGUUUGAGAGACUUGUAAUAUAAAGCACAUUUUACAUAA